AUGGCAUCGCGUACAAAUUUCCACCAAUUCCCCAGUACGUUCAAAAAUUGCCCAGUCCAGGUCAUUGUUGGCCCUCAAAAAACUGUUUACUACGUUCAUCCUAGAGUCCUUUCGUCGUGCGGCUCACCGGUAUUGAAAGCUCGUGUUAACGACCAGUGGAUUAAGAAUGGUACGAGUGGGGCUAUUGAUUGGACGGAAUUCGAUGAGGAAACCGUUGAAUGCGCCUUGAGCUAUCUAUACAUUGAGGAUUACGACGUGCGCGGUCGAAAAUUUGUUGGUGAACAAAUUGAAGAGAGAAACGACGAUGAUCAGAUUACACAACAAGCCUUCCUCUCUACCAAAGUGGGGUCAUCGGUGCCUGACUCCAAAAUCUUAAACGAAGCGUUUUCGGAAGAACGACCGCUAACACCUUUGAGUCGGUGUUUACAAGCUGUUUUGCCAGCAGGGACUAUCCAAACAGCCGCAGCAGCGUUCAUGAAGGAGCCUAGUGCUUGUGAUGAGGGCCUUGGUGACAUCGCUCUUAUGCACGCCAAGGUUUACUGCUUUGCACACCAGUUUUUGUUCUCCGGACUCGAGGAUCUGGCUUUACAGCGCCUGACACAGCUUCUUUUCAAAUGCGAUACAUCAACGGAUCCAUUCUUCCUGGGUCUUGCGCCCACCAUUUCAUCCGUCAAAAUGGCACGAAAAACUCACCCGAGCAAGAAGAUACAUCUUUGA